AUGGAUUCGGCCAUUCCGCCGAGCUCAUCGGAACCGCCGGGGAGUGAUCGGGAGGUGUUGAAAGAUGUGGAGGGCUUGGGAGUUACAGAGAAGCCAUUGGAUCUAGGUUUGAAGAAAGGAGACUCGAGUUGGGUUUUGAUAGCGAAGGAGAAAAGGGUUUUGAGGAAAUAUGACGUAGAGGUUCAAUCGAAGGACGGGAAGUGUAAGGUUGCGAUUCCAGAUGAUAUCUUCUCUGAUUCCACUCCGUUAUGGGAGGAAUUUGUAGUUGGUAAAUUUCUGGAUAUAGCUCCUCACAUAGCGAAAGUUCAUAUGGUGGUAAACAAGAUUUGGAGUUAUGGUGACACCGCUUCUAAGGUGGAGGUUUAUGAUGUUGAUGCAAGGACAAUGAGGUUCAAGGUUUCGAAUUCGAAAGCAAGGGAGAAGGUUAUUAAGCGGGGUAUGUGGAACAUUGCAGGAGUUCCUAUGGUAGUGAAGAAGUGGACUCCAAAGGCAGAGGAAGAGAAACAAGAGGAUGAGGCUGUUCCGAUGUGGGUUCAUCUGAGGAAGAUACCACUAAGUACAUUUUCAUGGGAGGCUUUGAGCUUUAUGAUGAGUACUGCGGGGCAUCCGAUCCGUCUUCAUCCUGAGACCAUCGAGUUUACAGCUGCGUUUUACUACCCGUGGUUGCCGUCUAAAUGCAACUUAUGUGAGAAAUGGGGUCAUACUGAUAAAGUGUGUGGUGGGUUAAGAAAAGGAGAAAAGAAGGUAGAGGAGAGGGAUAAACGUGAAGAAGCUCAAAAAGAUAUGGAUAUGGAAGGGACAGGGGGGUUAGUGGAGAAAUCUAUUACACUAGUUGAUGUAGUAUCACAACAGGAGGUCAGUGUUGAGAGUGAAGGGAAAACAACUACUGCGGAUAGAGUAGUUCCGGGUUCAGUUGAGAAGAUAGGGAAUGACUGGGCGCUUGUUUCACCUGAUAAGGAAGGGGAGAUAACGGAGGCGCAAGAGGAAGAUAGUGAGGAGGUGGAGACAGUGAGCAUAUCUGAAGAAGAUAGAAUGGAAGAUGAGAUUUUUAAUCAGAAGACUAAAGAAAAAGAGAAGACCGCUACGCAAAAAGGAGGAAGAAGAGGUUUUAACAAAGAUUUAAAACAUUCUGUGGUGACUGAGUGGGUGAAUAGGAGGGAGAUGAAGUUUGGCUCUAUCUUGGAAUCUAGAGUGAAGGAAGGGAAAGCUGGUAGGAUUUUGAAUAAGGUAUUCAGAGACUGGUCUUCAAUUACGAAUUAUGAAGAUAGUAGUGGUGGAAGAAUUUGGUUGAUAUGGAGAGAUGAGAUCCGUAUGACUCCUGUAUAUAAGUCGGAUCAAAUAAUUACCUGUUCAGUGGAGCUGAAGGGUGAAGCUGAGUUCUACUGUUCCUGUAUAUAUGCUAGUAACCAAGUUGAUGAAAGGAAGACGUUGUGGGAGGAUUUGGCAUAUCACCAUAAGUCUCCUAUUUUCAAAAACAAAGCUUGGAUAAUAAUGGGAGAUUUUAAUAAAAUUAUUGAAGGAGGAGAGAGUUCAAGGUUUGAUAACAUGAGUCGGAUUUCUGCUGGUAUGAGAGACUUUCAGAGGCUGAUUCUACAAUGUCAGCUCACUGACAUGGCGUAUCAAGGUCCUAAAUAUACAUGGUGUAAUAAAAGAGAAGAUGGGAUUAUCUGUAAGAAGUUGGAUAGAGUAUUGCUAAAUGAGGAGGCUCUGCAGAGAUUUAGAAAUGCAUAUUCUAUAUUCGAACCUGGUGGAUGCUCUGACCACAUGCGGUGUAUUGUUCAGUUGUUUCCUCCAGGAGAAAAGAUCAAGAGGCCGUUCAAGUACAUCAAUGUAAUUGGAAGUAUACCUGAUUUCUUACCAAUGGUUCAGAGGUAUUGGGAUUCAACGGAGAGAUUAUAUCACUCUACAUCAGCAAUGUUCAGAUUUUCCAAGAAGCUAAAAUUUCUGAAACCGUUGAUACGCGAGAUGGGGAGAGAUAAAUUGGGUAAUCUGUCGAAACAGGCGAAGGAGGCUUUUGAUCUGUUAUGUGAUAAGCAGAAGGAAACGUUAGCACAUCCAACCGAUAUUGCAGUCCAAGAGGAGGCAGAUGCUUAUGGAGCAUAUUGCCAGUCUGGAGGAGGAUUUUUUAAAACAAAAAGCUAA